AAAAAAAAAAAUAUGAAAAUGAGACAAAAUAUAAUAAUCUUGUUUUUCAUAGCUAUUGUUUGUUUGACAUGUUAUUUCGUUGAUGCUAAAGAACCUCCAAAAACUUUGCAAGUUGGCAUUAAGAAUCGUAUUUCCGACGGAAUUUGUCGUAAGAGAUCUAAGAAUGGAGAUUCCUUAUCCGUUCACUACACAGGAACUUUAUUCGAAGAUGGUAAAGAAUUUGAUUCUAGCUUACCUCGCGGUACACCUUUCACAUUUACCUUGGGUGCUGGACAUGUUAUUAAAGGUUGGGAUCAAGGUUUAGUCGGAAUGUGCAUUGGAGAAAAACGUAGAAUAAUUAUUCCUUCCGAUUUGGCCUAUGGUCCAAGAGGCAGCCCACCACUCAUUCCUGCGGAUGCCGCUCUUGUAUUCGAUGUUGAGUUGGUUGCAAUCGGAAAGAAUAGAUAUGAGCUUUAAUUGGUUUUUUAUUAGAUAAAUUAUAUUUUCGUUGGGGAUUUAUAUAGAACCCCUGUUAGUUUUAUAAUUUUUAUUUUUUAUUUAUUUAUUUUUUUUUAGGGGGAAAAAUUAAUUUUGUAAUCUAAAAAAAAAAAUAUAUAUAU